AUGGUACGGCGUGCUGUGGCAAUUUGUUUUGUGUUCCGAUGUUUUGAAGUUUCUAAGGCCUAUUUUCUUCUAGCCCCCAAAGACAGCUGGGAAGAGCUCCAAAAAGGACUCGAAGCCGGUGAAGAAGCCCGCAGCCAAGAAGGAAGGAGGCGGUGGGAAAGCCAAGAAGAAGAAGUGGUCUAAGGGAAAAGUUAGGGACAAGCUUAACAACAUGUGCCUGUUUGACAAAGCGACCUAUGAUAAGUUCCUUAAGGAGGCUCCGACGUACAAGCCCAUCACUCCAUCUGAGGUGUCUGUGCGCCUGAAGAUCCGCGUUUCCCUCGCUCGCGCAGCACUGAACGAAAUGAGGAAGCAAGGUAUGUGAAUAUAGAUAAUUCUACUGCUUCUAGGCCUUAUCAAAGUGGUCACAGGUCAUCAUUCCCAGAUGACAUAUGCAAGGGUCACUAAGGCAGAAUGA